AAGGACAGAUAAACAAGAGAAAGGAUCCUGUGAACAAAUGGAGAGCAACCUCAGACAGGUCUGGUGAUGUUGGCUGUCGGGAGAGACAGAGGGAAGAGACCUGGGGGAGAAACAGGGACAUUUCACAUUGUUUAAAGGAAUACCCACUGAAGAGAAUGGUCUCCUACAAACCUGUAAGUAGCCAUCAUAUACACAAGCAACAACUUCAGAACGCAUCAAGCACUGACUCUUAGAGAUGAAAGGAGAGAUCACCAGGGCAGCAAGAAGAAGGCACUGCUGUUUGAGUAGCAGGCUGGACAAGAAGGGCAGACAAUGCACAAGUACAUGAAGAUGCAGGGUUUAAUCAUUCUCUAGGAAACAUUGCAACUACAGAGCAGAUGCAGUGCAUUUUCUUUGAAGAUUUGUUUAAACAAUAAUUACAGACUACUUGAGAAUAAAAUGGAAGCUCAUUUCAAAGCCUGGACACGAAUUCAAAUCUUGAUUCAAAGACUUUUUAAUCAAAUACCAUAUGUUAAUAAAAUAUAAGUAGCUUUUACUACCCGUAAAAUAACAUGGUGUUAGCCCAAGAAACAAAAACAACUUCAAAGGCAGCAAGGAAAUAAUAUUACUAUGAUAAAAAAAGGAAAGAAAAUCUCCUUGUCCCACUCCAAAGUGCAGCAUCAGUUAAGAAACCAACUUUUGGUUCUCUGAAUGGGUCAAGAUAGACAAAUCUCUUAGAAUUAUAAUAAGGAGAGAGAGCGUUUCCGGCUUAGGCUCAGGGUCUGGGAAGGGGCUGUCUGUGGGCACCAUGACGGGCCGUGAAGGCGGCAAAAAGAAGCCCCUGAAACAGCCCAAGAAGCAGGCCAAGGAGAUGGAUGAGGAAGAUAAGGCUUUCAAGCAGAAACAAAAGGAGGAGCAGAAGAAACUGGAGGAGCUGAAAGCCAAGGCCGUGGGGAAGGGGCCCCUGGGCACAGGUGGAAUUAAGAAAUCUGGCAAAAACUAAGCUGUUCCUCAUACCUGAGAUGAUGGUGACCCUCUUCCAUUCCUAUUUAAACAUCUGGAUUCCCUGCCAUAAUAACGUCUUUGCCACCUACAGCUAGAAUGAAGUGUCAUCCUGGAGCCUGUUAAACAUCUGGAUUCCCUACUAUAACAUCUUUGCCACCUACAGCUAGAAUGAAGUGUUAUCUUGGAGCUUGUUGUACAUUGUAAUAAAUAAACUUUUGUAAAAAAA